GGCUAUCUGGCCCAAUGCAAACAUGGUUUGUUGUAGUCUGCAUAGAUCAAAUGUUACCCGCAGCUUGGUUCAUCACAAAAUAAUAUGGAGAGGAAGCAGAAGAGAGAACAUUGCUGGGAAAAGCUAUGGAAGAAAAGCGUGUAAGAAGGUAUCAAUUUAAACAUUUUUGUCAAAAAUAGACAAAUUAACCUAAUCGCUUGCUAUAAAAAUCACUGCUGGUGUAGUUGGAAUACCUUUCUUGGAAGCGGUGGUAUGGAGAAAUUAACAAACCCUGGAGAAACUUCAAGGGAUAAAUAUAUAUCCCUAAUAAUAUUCUGUUUAUGCUAUUCCAUCUAAGAGGCUGAAGAAAAGUUGCUGGGCAAGACAAUAGUUGAUUGAAUGGUCUGUUGAACAAAACCAAAAGAUCACCAUUGGAUUUGGCUAUGGGGGGAGUGAAAAUCUGGUAAGAGGUUGGUUGUCUUCCUUCUGUGGAGGAGAGACCUUCUCUGGAAAAAUAAUUGGGAAAUCCAAACUAGUUAUAUAUCAGUCAUCGCCAAUCAUCAAUAAUGGUUUGACUAAUUCUAAAACCAAUUCAAUAAAAAGUGAAUCCUAUUGCUGCUUUCUUCCGUAGUGGUGAAGCCAUCUCCCAUCACUGUCAAACGUGUCUGCUUGCUUCUUGGGUACAAAUGAGCUUAACAGGAAUUCAAAGACCAUGCUGAAAGGACUGGCAAUGGAAUGGGGUGAAGCGACAGAAGUGUGGCUGUCUGAUAUAAGAACUCCAAGGAAGAUGUGAUCUCCACAGCCAUUGUAAGAGAGGAAGCAAUGCUGAAGAAAGCCCAAGUCCCGCUUUCACGUCUCGUUGUACCUAUACUCCUUGCAGUUGGCUGGAUAGUGGGUUGCGCACUAAUGGUUUACAUUGUCUUCUCUUGACAGAAGACAGAAGAAUUUACAGUUAUGUUGAUUAGAAGAACCUGGAAGUUAAAUUGAAAUGUCUAAUGACUACAAUAUGUAUAAAAUGAGUUAUUUUUAAUAUCAACACUGUAAACAUGGUGUACACUUUUUAUCUACAACAAAGGUUUGAAAUGCUAAUUAGAACAUUGGGAAAAAUCAUCAAACCCAUUUACCAGUUUUCAAAUGUUUUGUAAUUGUGGGAGUAGUUUUUGGAGUCCAGUGGUAGGUCAGAUACCUGCCUGUUCUGCAGCCUGCUUUGUUGUUGCCACCCUCAAAUUAAGCAGUUUUGGAAACAGUAUUCCCAGAGUUAGUGAUGCAAUGGUGGACAAAAAAGUGAGUUAACCUCAUUUGUGAUAUGUGCCAAGCUGGGGAAGAAGUAUCUCAAUGUGUAUGGGAAAGUUUUAAGUGAAUUAAGAUAAUUUUUUAAGUUUUGUAGUAAAAAAUAAAUUGUUAAACUUAAAAUAUUGUGGUGGUACACUCUCCCUGUCCCAAGAUCUGAAGUAUUAGUGUCUAAAUAAAUUUUCUGAAACUACAUUUAAAUUCCUCAUUUAAAAAAACCAAACAAACAGUCAUACAAGCAUACUAAUACAUAAAGUAAAAAAAAGUCCCUUAGAAAAUGAAAGGAAGACAGGGCAAGUUACAUGGAAGCAAUGCAUCCUAAAAUGUAUGACUUAGACUUUCUAAAUCAUAAAACUUUUGGGUUUUAUUUAAUAGUAUGUAGAUAAAUACCAAAUUAACUACUGGUCUCUUCUGUUUACAUGAUGUUCAGGGCCCAAUUUUGUAUUUUUCCAUUGGCAACCAAUCCGGUUCUUGUCAAAUUAAAUGCCGCUGGACUCGGCAGGCACUGAAAUGGAUUGAGACCAUGUAGAAUUCCAGUCCUGUUUUCCGGCAUGCUGGCAGCCCCCCUCUGCUGGCACCAGCCAGAGUGCAACCCAGUGAGACUGGAGAACAAAGCUAGAAUUCAAAAUGGAACUAAAUAACUAGUCUGGAAAAAAAUGCAAUGCAAUAGGUGAAAAUUUAAUUCCUACAUCUUACAGGAAUUGUUAAAAAGCACAAAUACGGGACAGGGAGCUCUGCUGGCUGGAUAGCAAUUUUCAGAAAAGAGCCUUGAAUUGCCAUGUAUGACAGCCUGAAUUCAGGUCAGCAAUGUCAUAAUGUUGGUGUGAAAAGUGAAACGUUGUCUGGGAUGGUUAUGAGAAAAAUGGCUUGAGAGAUGCAUGAACUCACCCCCUGCUCUACCAGCAACGGUAAGGCCUCCCCAGCCUGCUGCAGCUGCCCUGGGCACCACGGGAACCAGUCGUGGGCCGGUGGGAAGGAACUCGGGGGAGAGCAGCAAGGGGGAACUGAGGUUUUUAAUGUUUAACCAGUGAGAAAAUUAGCACACUGGAGUGGUUCAGCCUAAGAGCAGACUGAAGAAAAUGUAAGUCUUAAGUAUAUCAGACUCUUUGAAAGAGGAAGGGAAUAAUCUCUUCUUGGUGAUAAACAGGCCAAGAAGUAAUGAAGAAAUAGAAAGUAAGAUUCAGGCUGUCCAGGCACUGAAGCACUGGAAGAAGUUUUUAGGCAUAAUAAUCAGUAUUAUUAUUGAUUACUGGGAACCUUUGGAAACAGAUGGACAAACAUCUCUCGGGCAUGCUGCAGGAGUACAGGUGAUCCUGCCUUGGUGCCUGAGUGCGACAAUAUUUGACAUCUCCUUAUGCGUAAGUCUCCAUGACUAUUAAGUACUCCCAUGAAAUUCUGCAGGACUGUUUGCAGAGAAGACGCAGGACUGACUGAUGGUAACAAGAGGCAAGUACUACUUCCAACAUUAAGCUUUUGGCAUACAAGGAUAACAUUUUAACACUGGUUGCAGCAUUAGGAAAACACCAUAUAACGUAGAAUAGGAGGUGAGCUGCAGAUCACGCAUGCGGUGCGUAGGUAAAGCCACGUGAAGAAAGGCAGCAGUGCUAUUACAGCAAGGAGGCUAGACAAUAGAGGCUAAUGUUCAUAUGAAUGCAUUGCAUGUCAGUCGACUGCAUCUAACUAUGGACUACGUAGCAGAAAGGGCUGAGCCUUCCGUCACAUGUUUAAUGCUUUAAGUUCAUACGUUCUUAAAACCUCCUAGAUGUUUCCUGAGUCAUUAAGAGGAGGAAGAGGCAUGAGAGAACCAUUUCUUUAGUUAAGUCCAAGGGGUGGGUGGGCCAAUUCUCUGUAUUUCCCAGUUUUUGUGCUCUGCUGUCAGUGAGCACGCUCAUGUGCAGCUACCGAGGUAGUUCAGACUCGCCUAUCAAACAAGGGUAGAAGCUGAGAGGAUCACAGGCCUUUAGGUGAGACAGGCUGUAUGUACCACACAAGUGCUGGCAGGCGUUGCAUGACGUACCAAAAUGUAGUAUACUAAACUGUUUGUCUUGCAGUCAUCUGAAGAUGGUGUAGUGCCUGAAUCAGCCUUGGUAUGGUACUCCUGUGCCUUUCUUUAGAAACUUGGCCUUACGGGGCACAUCGCUGAAUAUCAAACUUUUAAAAUAGGUGCUAUCAGCUAAGGAACUUCAAACUUUUUAGAAACAGGCAAGAGUUAAUUUCUUGUGAGGCCUGGGGAAGUAUUUUUAGCUUUAUUAUGUGGAAAAUUUCUUGGAAUCUAUUGUUAUGAAACAGAAACAUGUAUGUCCUUCAAAAAGAAAACAUCAGACUUAAGGUUGGGAGGUCUGUUUUACAGCAUAGUGUGUCUAGAAUUGCGGUUCAGACUCAUUGUCGCCUCCUGAUUGUCCUGUACUAGGCGUUUUGCCUUUUUAAUUAUAACUUGAGACAAUUAUAUUCACCCUCUAGAUAAUGUGACCUGGUCACUUAAAUCAGAAAUGAUCAUCAGAUUAUCUGAGCCACUGCAUAUUCACAGACAGCUUUGAGCUUGUGAGCUCGAAGAUUUUUGUACUAAAAAGUUUCUGUUCUCAGAAGACUAAAUAAUUAAUAAUUCAAUCCCUAGUUAAAGUAGAGAACUGCUUGUGGGAGGCAUGUCUUGAAAAUCCUAGCAAGAGGUAUUUUUAAGGGAAUGUGAAAAAAAUCUAAGUGACCCUUGAUGGGGUUAGAUAGAGAAAGAAACUCUUUUUUUGAGUCCUGCUCACGCAAUUUGUGUACUUUUGAGAACAUGAGGAAGGCACAUCAAUCAGACACUCUGUCUCUGUCUGUGGUCAGUGUCUGUUAUCCUUUAGAAAUGGAAACAAAGAAGAAAUAUAUUUUACUGUAGCGGAACCAUGAAAAUGCCUUUGCAACUCCAGCAGCUAUUAGCAGCAGCACUGAAGCGUGACAUUCUGUUUUGGGAAUUCUCUUAACACCAAGUUACUUCGCCUGUGAAUGAACUGAAGGCAAAGGGGCAAUCCUGUUUCAUCAAAUGUCCUGAAAGAGGGGAUAAACCGUGCAGUCUUUUGGAGAGCUGGAGACUGCUAAUCUCUGCAGCAGCUGCUGCUUCCAUGCGAGGACCUCCAGCAUCACCAACUGUCUUCUGGUCACUUCCAGAUGAGAACAUCCAUUCUAACUCACUCGUGCACGUAGACUAUAUAAGCUAAGAGGCUAGUUUAAGCCUAUACUUCAAGCAGAUACCUUAUUAUCUCAUUUUAAGGACCAACGCUUCAUUUUCUAAGACUGAGACCAUCCAGACUGAUACUAGUUCUGACUGUCCGAACUCUAGACAACAGGGAGGCUCCUUGAACACAGUGGUAGGUGCACACGUAGUUCAAUUAUCUGGUAUUUUUCAAACUCUCCCAGAAAACCUGAUGCUGAGAAACUGAUCGCCAUUACACGAAAUCCCAGUCUAUGUCUUGUCUUAUGAGCUCAUUCUUCCUUUUGCGAGCAGACAAAGCAUAUAGGGAGUUUCUUCCCCUGCACAACUUGUCGGCAGUAUCUGGUGCUGCAUUCCGCCGGCAGCGCAGUACAGAGCCAGCAGCAGCUCUCCUGCAGCUGCCUCGCAGCACCGAUCC